AGCUGCUUAAGAGCACAUUACAAACCCAAAUCCCAGUAGUGAAGAUGGGUAGAAUAGGAGAGAAGGGGGCCUUAAAGGCCUCCUUCAUCGCCACUCUUUUAGUGGCACUGAUCUCUCUCACGUUGCCUCUAGAAACCAGUGCAAACUACCACUACUCAUCUCCACCACCACCACCUAAGAAAUAUUUUCCUCCUCCCUACGUCUACAAGUCACCACCACCUCCUCCACCAGUCCACAAGUCCCCACCUCCACCUACACCACACUACAAAUACACAUCCCCACCGCCACCGCCGCCUCACAAGGAGCUGCCUCCUUACAAAUACAAGUCCCCACCGCCGCCACCACCCGUAUACAAAUAUAAGUCUCCUCCACCACCACCUUACAAAUACAAGUCACCUCCCCCACCCCCAUACAAGUACAAGUCCCCACCACCACCACCACCCGUGUAUAAAUACAAGUCUCCUCCUCCACCACCACCACACCACAAAGAGUCUCCACCCUACAAGUACAAGUCUCCUCCACCACCACCCUACAAGUACAAGUCCCCCCCUCCACCACCACCAGUGUACAAGUACAAAUCCCCACCACCACCACCUUACAAGUACAAAUCCCCACCACCGCCACCCUACAAGUACAAGUCUCCUCCUCCACCACCACCGGUGUACAAGUACAAGUCCCCACCACCACCACCACCCCACAUAGUGCAUCCACCCUAUAAGUACAAGUCCCCGCCGCCACCACCACCCCACAUAGUGCAUCCACCCUAUAAGUACAAGUCUCCGCCACCACCACCACCCCACAUAGUGCAUCCACCCUAUAAGUACAAGUCCCCACCACCACCACCACCCCACAUAGUGCAUCCACCCUAUAAGUACAAGUCUCCGCCACCACCACCACCCCACAUAGUGCAUCCACCCUAUAAGUACAAGUCUCCACCACCACCACCCCCAGUAUACAAAUAUAAGUCCCCGCCCCCACCACCAUAUAAGUACACGUCACCUCCACCACCACCCUACAAGUACAAGUCACCUCCUCCACCACCUCCAGUGUACAAAUACAAGUCCCCGCCACCACCCCCUCCCCACAUAAUCCAUCCCCCAUAUAAGUACAAGUCACCUCCUCCACCACCUCCAGUGUACAAAUACAAGUCCCCGCCCCCACCCCCUCCCCACAUAAUCCAUCCCCCAUAUAAGUACAAGUCACCUCCUCCACCACCUCCAGUGUACAAAUACAAGUCCCCGCCACCACCCCCACCCCACAUAAUCCAUCCACCAUAUAAGUACAAGUCACCUCCUCCACCACCUCCAGUGUACAAAUACAAGUCCCCACCACCACCCCCUCCCCACAAAAUCCAUCCCCCAUAUAAGUACAAGUCUCCUCCUCCUCCUCAUCACUACUAGGCGAAGUAUUCCAGAAAAAUAUUUGGAAGAAAUUAUAUUUCUUGAGAAGUAGGCAUAUUAAGACAGUGAAAAGCUGAAUAAAAGGAGAGAGUUGCUGAUCAUUCUCUGAGACAGGAAAGGCGAUUCUCUGUGUGAUGUCUUAGUUGUUUUUGUCAUAAAGAGGGAAAGAGAAACUGCUUUCUCUCGUAGAAUUUCUGGAAUCUUAUGAGUGUAUUUUCUUGUUGUUGGACGACCAACAUAUAUAUAAAUAUGAAAAUUUCCAGCUUUGAAGA